AUGAUUGAGCUGGAUUCCUUCUACGAAAAUCUUCAGGCUUUGUCUCUUGAACCAUUGCAAUGCCCACGUUGCAGUCGACCGGUCACUGAUAAGCAUGGUAUAUGCGGCAAUUGCCACGAGAAUGCAUAUCAAUGCAGGCAGUGCCGCAACAUUAAUUAUGAAAAUCUGGAUUCCUUUCUCUGCAAUGAGUGUGGCUAUAGUAAAUAUGGUAGAUUUGAGUUCAAUUUCAUGGCGAAGCCAAGUUUUACUUUUGAUGACAUGGAAAAUGAUGAAGAUAUGAAGAGAGGGUUGGCUGCUAUAGAAACUGAAUCAGAAAAUGCUCAUAGGAGAUAUCAGCAACUUUUAGGAUUCAAGAAGCCCCUCCUUAAGAUUGUUUCAAGUGUUGGCGAGAAUGAAAUAGAUUCGCAACAGAAGGAUUCUGUUCAGCAAAUGAUGGUCUCCUUACCUGGGCCCGCAUGUAAGAUUAACCGAAAAAUAGCUCUUCUUGGUGUCCUAUACGGUGAGAAGUGCAAAGCAGCUUUUGAUUCUGUCAGCAAAAGUGUUCAGACACUGCAAGGAUUACGCCGGGUUUUGAUGAAUUAUUUGCACCAGAAACGUGCAGAUAGUGGAGUGGCUGCUUCAAGAUUUGUGGUUUCCAGGUCUCCAAAUAAUUGCUACGGCUGUGCUACUACGUUUGUGACACAGUGUCUAGAGGUAUUACAGGUGCUGUCAAAGCAUCCAAGUUCCAAGAGACAACUUGUUGCUGCUAGCAUUUUAACAGAACUAUUUGAAAAUAACAUUCAUCAAGGUCCUAAAACGGCUCGUGUGCAAGCUAGGACAGUUCUUUGUGCAUUUUCUGAGGGUGAUAUAAAUGCAGUGACCGAGUUGAAUAGCUUAAUACAGAAAAAGGUGAUGUACUGCCUUGAACAUCAUCGCUCCAUGGACAUUGCUCUGGCCACCCGUGAAGAGUUAUCAUUGCUGUCAGAAGUAUGUUCGCUUGCUGAUGAGUUUUGGGAAUCGAGAUUGCGUGUUGUUUUCCAGCUGUUAUUUUCUUCUAUCAAAUUGGGUGCUAAGCAUCCUGCCAUUUCUGAGCACGUUAUUCUUCCUUGUCUGAGGAUUAUAUCUCAGGCAUGUACUCCCCCAAAACCUGAUGUACCAGAUAAAGAGCCUAGCAUGGGAAAAUCUACUACUGGUUCGCAGAUCAAGGAUGAAAGUAAUUCUAUAUCUGGAUCUUUGGGUGGCCUUGGCAGUGGGGGCAAGCCUACUCCAGAAUCAUUAGAUAAAAACUGGGAUGCCUCACAAAAGACUCAGGAUAUUCAAUUAUUAAGCUAUGCCGAGUGGGAGAAGGGGGCAUCAUAUCUUGAUUUUGUUAGAAGGCAAUACAAAGUGUCCCAGUCUACUAAAGGUGGUAGCCAGAGGACUCGACCUCAAAGACAAGAUUUCCUUGCUCUUAAAUAUGCACUCAGGUGGAAGCGGUGUACUAGUAAGACAGCAAAGAAUGACUUAUCAGCAUUUGAGCUGGGGUCGUGGGUUACGAACUUGUUCUUAGUGCUUGUUCUCAAUCUAUAA